AUGGCGACAUGCAGUGUCAAUUUGUUUAUUUCAAAAGAGGAAACCAGUCGGACACUUGGGAUGACCGCUGAGCUUUCCUAUCUUGAAGAUGGCGUUAUCAAUCAGUAUUCAACAAGAUUCCCAUAUCGAGUUGAUCAAAAUGUCACCCAGCUGAAAUUCUCCUGGAAUUCCCUUCUCUCGGCAAAUUAUUCGAUGAGAGUGCAGUCAGAAGACUUUGCUUUGCUCGCAUUGUUACGGGUGCCAAGUGUUGGGCAAGUGCCUCGCCAAACUGAAGAGUUUGCUGUCGAGUAUCGGUGUGCGGGUAUGAAAGCGGGACAAUUCGAAGUGUCUCUCUACAUCGAUUUCGCUCUCGACAACGGGAAGAACAUUCGCCUUCAUCUGAAACAGGAAAAGAUUUGUGCGACUCGAGAUGGACGCAGAUUUAUCAUUGAUGACUCGGACACUAACCGCACCGACGAGGAAAAUGGCAACACAGAGCUUUCUCUUCUACGCCAUCGCUCAACUCCAAGCAGAUCAAGAUUACCAGAAUCAUUCAAAUCCUUCCGCAACCAUACUCCAUCACAACAACCAUUUUUGACCUCAACUCCUAACAAAUCUUGGAGCACACUGUCGACAAAGUUGAGGCCAUCGACAUCAGCAUCAAAGCCUGGUUCCUCAGCUGGUGGUGUUAAAAAGACUCUUCCAGCAGUUGAUGUUAAAUCAGCUCUUAUUUCUCUACAUGCUGAUCGAAAUCUUUUCACAAUUUUAGCUUUUGACGAGCUACAAGGAACAUUUGGUGAAGUGAAAUGGGCAAUUUGGCGGCAAACAGCUAGUGGUUUUGCUGGAGACGUCGACGAGGAUGAGGAUGAUGGCACCGGUGACGAGGCGAUGUUAGUGAAAACGCUGAAGCCGAGCGCAAAUCAACAACAACUCGAGCGGUUUCUUUCUGAUGCUCUCGUUUUUCAUCAUGUUCCAGCUCAUACCAACAUUGCUAAGGUUGCCGCAGCAGCCUCUUAUGGACGAUUCGAUCGUCCGGAGACGGUCACUGAUCUGCCAAUGAUCUGCUAUCGGCAUCAGGGAUUCGGGAACUUGAAAAAGUUUUUGCUUUCCUGUCGAACCGAUGGAGCGUCAGUGAAUCGAAAGGACAAAUCACCAACGAGCGGUAUCGGUCAAACGCUGAGAACACACGAGUUGGUGUGGAUGGGAGUGCAAAUCGGUCGAGCGCUAAACCAUUUGCACACUUUUGGAAUCGUGCACAAAGAUGUUGCCACCAGAAAUUGCAUUGUUGCCGAGCUCAAAAACUCGCGCUCAGCCGAUCGACUACAUGUGCAAUUGACUGAUACAGCUUUGGCAAAAGAUCUUUUCCCUGGCGACUACAAUUGUUUGGGUGACAACGAGAAUCGUCCAGUAGCUUGGAUGGCUCCGGAAAGCUUUGAGUCAAACAAUUUCACGGAAAGCACUGAUGUGUGGUCUUAUGGAGUCACUCUUUGGGAACUGCUCAAUUGUGGCUCUCAACCAUUUGUUGGAGUCGAUCCAGAAGAUAUUCAAAGAGCAAUUUUGCAAGGUGCUCGACCUGCUCAGCCACUCAAUUGCCCCGAUCAAUUGUACGUCAUCAUGCGCAACUGUUGGACUAAUGCCACCGAUCGCCCUAAAGUCUCAGCAAUCACACAAAUGUUACAGGAAUUCACCAAUGAGCUCACACAAUACGUU